CGCGUGGAAUUUGGAAUGUGCACUUCGUACAUGUCGUCUUCUGAUUUAACUUCUGCUGUGUUAAUGGGGAAUCGUGACGGGCGCAAGGUGAAAUUGUAUUAUAUCCACAAUUUGUAAGACGUAUCAGGGUCUAUGUAGCACAAGUGCCUGAGAUUUACUGGCGAAAGUAAAAUAUUUGGAUCUAGAUCUAGUUCUCGUUGUGCUGGCAUUGCGUCACUAUAGUACGCCGUUGUUCAUGGAAUUAAAGUGACAUACAUCUGAUAUAUGGGUUACUUGGUAUAGAGAAGCAACACGAAUAGUUUUAAUUUUACUGUCGCGACAAUUUCCAAUAGUGGACUUGUUCAAUUGUGUUAUUUCUUGUGGCAUGCUCUGAAAGUGAACACGCGUUCUGGAAUUGUGUGUGGUUUUAUUUUCUGCAGGAUAUUUCUAGGUCUAAGUGAUUAGAUUAUGUGGAAAAUGAGCAGUUGUUGCUUCAAGUACAUUGCGAAAGAUUUCAAGAUGGAAACUUAAUAGAUGAUACAAUUAGAGACCAUACAAUUAGAGACCUCGCCUAAUUGCUCGUAGAUUGAUAGAUGCACGAGCAUGUUGAACUGAUGAGGGCGUGAAUUGGACUAAAGUGGGACAUUCUAGAAUGUGGAUGAGAGAACUCGCGUAAACGUAUCAACUAGCAGGGUUAGAUCGACAUUGAAGUGACCUUGAAAUGUCCAACUCUCCGACGACUGAGCUGCCUUUGCCGUACAGCUUCAGCAGGACCUCGUCACUCCGGAGGUCAGCCAGGAGACGUCAUACUCUUGGUGCACAUAUUCGGCAACAAUUAAAUGACCAGCUGAAAUGCCUGGAAAUCAAAUUGGACACAGAGGUGUCCAUUGUCACAGAGCUCCAGGAGUUCUUCAAGAGGAGGGCAGAGGUGGAGAUGGAGUACUCCAGAAACUUGGACAAGCUGGUCAAGAACAUGAUAGCAAGGCACCGGGCAGAGAAGCAAAAGCUUGUUGAUAGAACCAAACAAGAACAGUGGGCAACUAUGUCCACUUAUGCCUGCUGGAAGAACCUGCUUGCCAUCACCAGAAAAGAGAGUCAAGACCAUCAGGUCAUGGCUGAGAUCUACAACAACCAGAUGGUUAGCAGACUGGCAGAGGUCAUCGAGAACUCCCAGAGAAUUUUCAGAAAGUGUCGUGAGAUUGGAUCCCUCUCCCAUGAGGACAUGAUGAAAGUUCUCAAUGAGCUGCAGAGUGCUAUGAAAACUUACCACCAGUACCAGAAUGAGAGUAAACAGGCCGAACUCAAACUUCGUAAUGUGGAAUCUCAGAAGGUGAAGGUUGAGCAACAGUUAUCUGGCAAAAAUACCAGCAGCAGAAAACUGAAAGGUUUGGAGAGACAGUUUGAGAAGAAACAACAAAAGUAUGCAGACAAUAAACUGAAGGCUCUCAAAGCUCGGAAUGACUACCUUCUAUGUAUUGAUGCUGCCAACGCUGCCAUCAACAAAUAUUUCUCUGAUGAUAUUUCCGAUCUCAUGGAUUGUAUGGACUUUGGUUAUCAUAAUUCUGUUGGCCGAGCUAUGAUGAUGUACCUAGGUGUACACGAGCACCAGAGAAAUGCUCAUGGGAAAUUUGUGGACUCCCUAAAUACCUGCAUCACUGACCUGGACUCACGAGCAGACAAACAAAAGUUUAUGGAGUUGAACAAUGUUUACUUUAUGCUGCCAAAGAAGUUUGAAUUUCAGCCAUUUAAAGGAGAUGAGGUGUGUCAGAUCAGUGCCCAGAAGGAAGUUCAGGAAGAUUUGAUUCAGAGACAUAUCACCAUUGAGGACAGAUUGAAUAGUCUGAAGGUAGAGAAUGAUGAGAUUUGGAAAACUCUGGAGACCACAGAGAAAACUCUAGUUGAAGCCAUUCAGGUUGGAGAUUAUGAAAUCAACAAGUUCUUUGCUGAUGAAGCUGCGCCACCCAAGUCACCUCAUGAACAUUCAAAGCUUAGAUCUGACAGACUGGAGACUGAGUCUUACUAUCUUGAGAAAUUCCGCGACUACACUUUGAGCUGCAACCGACUUGCCAGGCUCCAGUCUAAACACACAGCCAUACAGAGAGCUUUGGGAGAGAAUCAGGCUUCAGGAUCUUCUAGACCUCCUGUUCCUCCACCAAAACCAAAGAAAAGAAGAAUCGGCCAUCACCCUCGUGUUGGUCAACCAAAGUUAUUUGGGGGCAGCUUGGAGGAAUAUAUUGAGGCAACUGGCCAAGAAAUUCCUUUGAUCAUCAAGAGCUGUAUCAGAGUCAUCAACCUCUAUGGUUUACACCACCAAGGCGUGUUCAGAGUCUCAGGUGCUCAAGUGGAAAUCAACCAAUUUAAAAGUACAUUUGAAUCAGGGGAAGAUGCUUUAGCUGAUGUUAUAGAUGCCAGUGAAAUCAAUUCUGUUGCAGGGGUUCUAAAACUGUAUUUUAGGGAACUCAGGGAGCCACUCUUUCCUCUUCACCUUUUUGAUGCUCUUGUCGAAUGCACCAGAGAGAAGGAAAUGGCCAAACGUGUUGAGAGAAUUAAAGAUUUGUUGUCUACUGUCAACCGAGCCAUUUUUGUUGUUAUGAGAUAUCUAUUUGCCUUCCUCAAUCAUUUGACAGAAUACAGCGAUGAAAAUAUGAUGGAUCCCUACAACCUGGCUAUUUGCUUUGGUCCAACUCUCCUGCCUAUCCCACCCGACCGUGACCAGGUCACUUUCCAAGCCAGCGUUAAUGAGAUCAUUAAGAUCAUUAUUGUCCAUCAAGAGGAGAUAUUCCCUAACGAUGGCGGUGAGAUCUACGAGAAAAUGAUUCUGGACAGGUUUUUUUGGAUUGGUCAUUCACGUGACAGUGUUGAUGCUGUAGAUGAUGAGGAUGAAGAAACUAGUUCUAUACCAAGUGAUGAAGAAGAGUCUGUCUAUGAACCUGAUGUGAUUGAAGCCACGGCUUUGUUUGACUUUGAUGCCCGCUCGCCAAGAGAGCUGUCCUUCAAGAGAGGGGAUGUUCUUGUGCUUUAUAACCAGGUGUCUCAAGACUGGUGGGAGGGAUGUUUCCAUGGCAAAGAAGGUCUCAUACCUGACAAGUAUAUCACCGUCAAACAUGGUGAGGAUAACAAAAGCCAUCACAGCCAUGAAGAUGACAAAAAUCAAAUGUCCACCAGCAUGAUCUUACCCUCACGUCCAGCCAGGCAGAUCAGUGAUGACUCUGGGCUGGAUGCCUCUGACAAAUCCCUCUCACAACCCAAUGUGUCCAUCAUCAGAGAGACAGACAUUCUGACUGACGACCCUGAACUUUCCCCGCCUCCUCUUCCCAAGGAUCCCUUUGUCAGCACUAAGGCUGUGGACAGUGGGGCUAAAAAAGAUUUGCUCAAAGACACUCCAGCUGGGUCCAGCUCUUCUACUUCAGUCUCUUCCACGGAACUUACUACAGUCAUAGAGACUUUGGAGAAAGACAAAAGGUCAAGGUUAUCCCCAGCGACAUCGCCAUCAACUAUGAUGAUGAAGUCGGCUAUAAUCAACACAUCUCUUAUGUCCACUUCCCUCAUCAACCUUGGGUCCAAGUCUGUGGACAAAGACACUUCCUUCAAGAACAUCGACAGUCGCGGGGACCUGUCUCAUGACAGCACCACAGACGACUUCAGCGUUGACAUCGACUCGGCCCUGGAGGAAGUAAUGGCGGGGCUCAAAUCUCUGGAGAUGCAGCAGAAACAAGACAAGAGAAUGUCGCUUCCUGCUGUCAAAGUGAAGCAAACACCAAAACAUACCCCUGACCUCGUUAUAGAUCUUCCAGAUGGAGACAAUUCUGGCUCCUCGACAGACACUCACCCUGACAGCCCCACCAUCAGCGCAGCAGAGACUUUUGCCCAGUCUAACCAGGGUACCCUGAAGAAAGCAGGAAAUCCGCAGAUGGGGCGACAAGAUCCAGUCAGCCGGCUGAGUAUUUCAUCUGAACCAGGUGACCUGCUUCGUGCUAGAGAACAAAGAGAGGGUCCCAUGAUGACAUUUUCCAUAACUGGACUGAAUCGCUCCACUCCGCCUCCGAAAUCACAGCUGAGUGACUCUGUAUCAGUUACUUCUCCGCUUUCCACAUCCACCCCUCACACAUCUCCAGCUCCGCCAUCAUUUGCACCUCCAGGGGGCACCCCUAGCCCAGCCGCGCCACCACCAGUUGCUCAAAAACCAAAGCCCCAAGUCAAGGCCAAGCCACCUGUAAUGAAAAAACCUCCGUCUCGGCCAGAGAUGUCUCACUCCCCUCCUGUACAGCUUCCACCGCCUUAGUAAAAACAAAAUAAACUCAAUGCUUACUUUUCAGCCAGAUCACUAAUAUUCAUUAUUUGGAUAAUUAAUCAAAUUAAGUGAAUCAUAAAACUGUAGUUUAAUAAUGCUUCAUCAGUAAUAAUUAUUUACAAUCAUUGUUUCUUUUUAAUAUUAAGAUCGCACAAAUUAUUUUUUUUUUUUUACCUUUGGACACUAGCUUUUGGUUUCUUCCCCUUUGAUCAAUCUGUACCCAGUGCAAGAGUAUUUAAAACAGACAAAUAGUAAACCGAGAUUUUACAAGUUUACUAACAAGAACAAAAUCUAACGGGCAUGGCGUAAGUCACAUGACAAUGUGUUUGAAACUCCUGCUACUCAACUUGUUUAAAUACUAGGAGAGAUUGACUCUACACAAAGUCUGACACUUGCCUUGGGCACUCAUCUCUCACUAGAAAUCCUUCCUUAAGCAUUCAUUCUUGGAAUAUUUAACAUACAAAAAGUAUGUCGCUUUGACAAUUUCUCUUCCAUAAUUGAUUUUUUUUUCUGUGCAAUGAAGAUUUGAAUUUUUAACAAUUUUUUUUUUUUUGUUUGUAUGCCAAGAACAAAAUGUACAAUUAUUUGUAUGCCUCUUUGGAUUAUUUCAAUUUUGUUUAUAUGAUUUAUUUUGUUUUGUAAGUGUGUUAGUUGUUGAUGACAUUCAUUUGAAUGACCGAUAACAAUGUUGGGUAGGUUAGUAAAAAAAUCUGGCCAUGUAUUGAAAGUUUCUUCUUUUUGUAAAUAAACAUCAGUCUCUGCACCAGAGGCAGAGCUCAAAUGAGCAGAGAAAAUGAAAGUUUUGAAGUUAGAGCAUCAGUUGAAUCAUCCCUGCAAGAUCUAAACCAAAAAAAAAAUAUUUUUUUGUGUGACCCUGCAGGCAGGGUAUGACUGUCCCUUGCUCAUGUUCAUGUUGACAUCACAAUGACACAUGUUGACAUCACAAUGACACAUGUUGACAUCACAAUGACACAUGUUGACGUAAUGACACCUCCCUCAAAGCCUUUCUCCCAUUUAUUCUUUGAAGGUUGCAAUGGCCAUUUGAUCAACUUUCCACUACAGCAUGGCAACAGAAAAAAGAAUCCAUGUUGUUCUUUUUCACAAUAACUUUUGGGGUUAACAAUGUGUGCAGAAAACAAAACUCAUGACCUUUAAACUCUGACCUAGUUUCUAACCUUAAUGUUAAGCCUAAUGUUACCAUGUACAAUUUGAUGCUGUUUUGUUUUGUUUUUGAGACUAAAAAGAAUGUUUGACUUGUGUCUCUGCCUAUUCACACACAUAUUGUGAGAGAAGCUGAGAUUAUGUUCAUAUAAUAAACAUGCAUUUCUUAGACUUGUAAUGUGCGCUAUUAACACAUUCAUUGUGAGAGAGACACUAUUUGAAGGUUGCUCCCACUCCUAUUCAGACUUGUGUCUGGCUCUAAAUGACAUCUGAUAUUAGUAGGCCUAGGGUUCAUUUCAAAGUGACACUGUCCUUGUAUAUAUGUGUGAGGAUGUGAAGUACUGUUAUUAAAACAAUUAUCUCCCAUUGUUGUUCACAUUUGUCAAGUUCUUUAAAGUGAAUGCAUCAAUAAAUAACAAUUGGAAGUCAAA